GAUCCGACGGCGAUUUCUCACUGGUUUCCGCUCUUUGGGAAGCGGCUGUCGUUGAGUCUGCCGUGUGUGUCAGUCUGUCGUUAAGUCUGUGCUUCCGAGAUGUAAAUUUGGCGAGGAACAGGUGUGUAGGUCACUGGAACUAGCCACAGGGACGGGAGAGACAUGGAAGAGAUUGUACCGCCUGAAGACGCUGACAGCGCCCGCCACGGUUGCUGCAGCGGUACAAGCUAGAGUGUCAUGGCCUGCCCACCUUCUGCUCGACGAUCGCUGGCCAUCGUGCUUCUUGCGUGCGCCACACUCGUCCACGGUCGCUGCACCUUAUCGGACUUGUCAUGUGGUAACGGCAAGUGUGUCAGCAUGAACCGCUAUUGCGACGGCAGUGACGACUGCGGGGAUGGCAGUGACGAACCCCUGCAUUGUACAAACUGUAACCGUACCUAUUAUGGCCAAGCUGGCACCAAGUACACACUGCGCAUGAGCGAGCCGAUUCAACGCCAUCUGUCGUUCGUGUGUCGACUAAGCUUUGUCGCAGCUGGAGACCACUUUGGAGACUUGGUCGAGAUUACUUUCCUAUCUUUCCAAGUAGGAUUCUUCCACUUAGCCAGCAACUCCACUCCAAGUUGCAUUCACGGCCUUAUGGAAGUGACGGAACAUUUGGAGCUCAAGUCGCAAAAGGCGAGAUCAACCACACAGUACAGUAUUGAACCAAUGGCACUCGUCAAGGAAAGGCUUGACGCAUAUCGCACAGUGGAGACCGAAGACGUCAGCUCCAAGAAAAGCGCCGUUCACUUUGGCGGCUUCUGCGGUAGCCUAGUGGGAAGAAGUGCAACCUUCUACAGUGCAGGUGGAAACGUUACUGUGCAGAUGUCUUUCCCAAUGGCGUCUUCGCUCAACAUUGCUACGGCAGGGCUCUUUCUCACAUAUCGAUUCCUGAAUCGUCGGUCUACUGGUUUGGCUUCAACCAUAGAUAGCCAAAGAAGCAUCUACUACGGUGAAAGCAUACCAGGAACGUACUGCGACCGUCGGUUCCAGGAUUGUGAAGGACGAAGAUGUAGAAUCCGAUCGCCAAAUUACCCUGGGUUCUACCUUCGAAACAUAACGUGUACAUAUCACGUGAAACAAGAGAAUUCUAGGCCUGGCCAUAUAUCGCAGGUUGUAGUGCGUCAAGACAAUGAGUACAAGAUGAGCAUCCAUAGCGGUACGGCAAACGCCGGAGCCGUCGUGUACAAUGCUCUGACCACAGAAUGUGCCAGCGAUGUAGUGAGAAUAUUUGACGGAUCUCCGUCUGAAAAGGUUCUCCUGCAGGAGUUCUGUGGGUCGGGCACGUUACCCGAUGUCGUAUCAUCGGGACCGGAGCUAACUGUACAGCUCGUGAGCGCUCCAUUUCAGCAACUCGUCGAGUCCAGAAUGGAACUCGAUGUUCAUAUUCGUUACGAAGACAAAACGCAACUUCGAAUGUCUGGAAGAUCCUGUAGGUUUCUAAUGGACAGUACGGAAAAGCGCAGCGGUAUUGUGUACACUCCGAAGCACUCUAUACCGGAGAACACAAUGUGUACAUUUGAAUUCUUAGGUCGGUCCAGAUUCGAUCGGGUAUGGCUUUACUUCACCGAUUAUUUCGUGCCUGAUCGUCAGCCGUGGACUAGUGUGAACGCGGAAAAAUGUGAUGUAAGCCAACUGGAAAUAUACGAUACCUUGCACGCAAAUAUGACGUCAGCUGUUUCCCUGGUGGGAAAAUUUUGCGAGAAGUCUUCACCGAGAGUCUGCAGUCAUGCCCACGACUAUCGUGAUCUUGUACCAGCGAGACCAUGCAAGAUGUCCGCUGAAAGCUACCUGUCAAACACACCAGGAAUGCUAAUCAAGUAUCGAGUAUUUAGGAGCAGCGACAUAACGGCUCGAACGAGCUCUUUCACUGCAAGAUAUGAAUUCGUUGACACGUCACAGAACGGCAUGCCAGUUAAUGGCACACUCUGCGACCGCAUUUUUCGUAGUGCGCAAAAGCCUAGAGGUCGCGUUGCGUCACCUAAAAACGUUUUCUUGUACGGACGGGGCGACUCAUCAUCGAUUAAAUGCUCCUAUCAUUUCCAUGGUGCUGUGUCUGAACGCCUACGGCUUCGGAUUGACAAGAUAUACCUCGCCACAGAAGGUUGCUCUACGACGUACGAUGAAAAUCAAAUUCAGCACUAUUGCACGUACCCGACGAAUGACACUUGGAGACGGCGCUUCGGAGAAUUGCGUGUCACCGAAACUUGGCUUGGUAUCACGAUACCCCUAGGAUGUUUCUGCAGCAACUCAACAUUCCUGCAUAUGCCACUCGACCUAACGUCUGUUGGUCACGAUAUUGUGAUGACGUUUACGGUACAAGGAAUGACCGUAGACGAAGACUUUGAUAGUUUUGGAUUCGAAGCAUCCUACGAAUUCUUACCGCCAGGUGGGUGUGGGCAGGACCGCGUUCUUCGCGGUCACGUUGGAGAUGCAGUCUUUGCGUCACGCGUGAACCACGGUGAGUACAGAGCGCUUCAGCGAUGCCGAUGGCUUCUCGAAGCUUCGCCUGGGAAGUUUUUGUACGUUCAAGUUAGCGGUGGCAGAGAGAGCAUUCGUCAAUGUGGUGCGGACAGACUGUUGGUGUACUCUGGGACUAACUUGACGCACGUGACCAUGCUAUGCGCACUAUCGGAACAUGCUCAGGCAAGACAAUCGACGGAAGAGAGCGGCCAGGACACCGUGGCUAUUUUUUCUUCUUCCUGGACGAAUGGUUCUCAAUCACCCUAUCGACCAGAGAGACUUGUGUUGGAAACUUUAAGCACGGAGCCCACAACGGGUUUCCGAGUAAGAUGGAUGGAAGUUAUGCGUCCUUUUUUCACCACAAAGACGGGGCAGACUCUUCGAAACGUCAACUGCAUUCAUGAGUGUCCCGAACUGGACGCCUGCAUCAGCCCUCAAUUGUGGUGCGACGGGGAAGUGCACUGUCCAUCUGGUUUGGAUGAAAAUCCAGAAAGUUGUCACAGGUUCCCCAUCUUUUAUGUGCUGCUAGGAUGCAGUGCAGUGUUGUUGCUAGUCAUGUCCUCGGUCGCGGCCGGCUUUGUCCGACAAUUUAAGAAGGGAAAGAGAGCCUCGGAAGAAAUGCCCAUGAGUGCGGUGUGAGAUGGUUUUUCGGCUCAUUAUAGCGCUUCUGCUGUGACUCAAAAUGACACAAUCUACCCGCCGUAUUAUAGGGUACUUGACGCUGGGGUCUUUAUAUGUGGUCGCCAGCUUCACCGCCUUAGGGUAAUUUUUACUGUGUGAAGCGUAAAGUACGUAAACAUAUAAUGUGACGCUACAUAAGGAAUAUCAAAGUGUGAACUCAACGACCCGAACAGUGACCGAGUCAUAAACUUCUGUGAACAAUGCACGAAAAUAGGACUUAUACAAAUAUGAUGUUUGUACGCUCAUCAUUGUUGUUCGAUGCCAAAAGCAAAUAUGUGUGCGAUCUUGCUGUAAGUCACGUUGCAUCUCUUUACCGCUGUGUUUCGUCUCGUGCAUCUGACAUUUGCUCACAAGUGUAACAGGCAAGGAAGAUUUUUCAACCAGCUUACUUGGAACAUUACUUUCGUGUUGUGCUUCAACUUCUUUAAAUGGAGCGGGCGUGGGCUCGAAAAUAUAUGUUGGCCUAAUAUA